AUGCUGAAGAGCCUCCGGAACCGAGUAAAGCGCGACAACGAACCGCGUGUGCUGAUAGUGGGCCUCGACAACGCCGGCAAGACGACACUGCUCAACACGCUGGGUGAGGCCGAUGAGCCGGUGGAGCGGUGCGCGCCGGCCGCACCGGAUGGGCCGACGCAAGGCUUCAACAUCAAGACGCUCUCGCGCAAUGGGAAACGGGCAAAGUUGUGCGACCUCGGCGGGCAGCGGGCGCUGCGCGAGUACUGGCAGGACUACUACAACAACACGGACUGCAUUAUGUACGUUGUAGACUCCUCCGACCACCGCCGCCUCGAAGAGUCACAUGCAGCCUUUGUCGAUGUGCUGAAUGGCGUCCCCAACGUGCCAGUGUUGGUAUUUGCGAACAAGCAGGACCUCGCAACGGCGAAGGAUGCGCAGGUUGUCGCGGAGUCCCUUCACCUGCAGGAGUUCCGUGAUCGCAAGUGGCAUAUUCAGGGAUGCAGCGCUAAGUCUGGUGCGGGUCUUGAGGAGGGUGUCGCGUGGAUCUUUAGUUCGUGUACCUCCUGA